AUGUGUAUCAACAAGAUCUACACCUGCCCAGGUGGCUGUUCCUGGCGCUGUGACACAACCCAGGAGCCAUGCCUGACUGAAUACUACGCCAGCCUCCUCAACGUCCCCAGCAACCAUGAGGUCAAGGAGGUGAUCAUGCCUCUCCCCCGUGAGCACCACCGCUACUUCCACUGCGGCACCGUCGGCUGCCCCUUCUCCCCAGCCUUCCGGAACGACCCCAACAAGACGGACCCCCUCAACCUGCUCGGCCCCGUCUGGCAGUGCCCCGGCUGUCCCUACCUGACCCCGCGCAGCGACAGCCCGGGCGACCUCGAGGCCCUGAACAUCAUCGUCAUCGAGAACUGCCAGCAGCGCGGCCUCUGGCCCACCCCCGCCCGCUCCAGCUGGGCCGACCACACGUGCCCCGGUGAGUUCUGCGCCUUCAACCCGCAGUACAUGCAGCAGUGCCAGGACACGCUGACCGCCCUGCGCCAGGGGCAGGACCAGGCUGAUCUUGCGCUGCAGCAACAGUACCAGGGCAAGGUGGACGAGGCUUUCCAUAAGGCCCGCCAGUAUGAUGCCCUGUCUAGUUUCCUGGCCUCGGACCUGGAGGUGGCUGAGCCGCCGCUGGAUGAUGCCCUCAUGGUGGACCUGGACUUGGUUGGUGGAGAGAAUGACCCCCAGCCAGCCGCUGCUGCUCCUGCUGAUCCUGCCCCUGCUGCUGAGCCUACUCUUGCUGAUUCUGCUCCUGCGGAGCCGCAGAUCCUAGGCAGCGAUCAGGAGCUCAACGCCGUUCUCGACUUCCUUCUCGCCUCCGAGCCAGCCCAGGGGGAAAAGACCCCCGAGGCCCAAGGUGCCAACGAGCCCAGCCCAGCCAUGCCUGAGCAACCCAUCCCCAUCAUUGACGUUGAGUUUGUCGACAACCAGCAGCCAGCUAGUACUACUGAUACUGCUUCUGCUGCUUCUGCUGCUCCUUCUUCUCCUGCUCCUGCUCCUGGUGCUGCUUCUCGGGCCACGGCUCGCCGAGCUGUGAACCACCGGGUCAAGUGGACGCCCGAGAUGGACGCCCGGAUGCGCGACCUCCUCAGCGCCGGACGGUCCUUCCAGGAGGUUGCCGAUGAGAUGGGCCGCAGCCACAAAUCCGUCUCCCGGCGGGACAUUAAGCUGAGGACCGGCAAGUAA